AUGUCUUACUCCGGUGCUAUCGAGACGGUCUCGAUAAAAACAAGUGAGGCUGACCCGUCUCGACCAGAUAACCUUGCGAACUGGAGUCGCACGCGCUACCAAUUGCGCCACAGCCCCAUUUGGCUGACCCGUCUCGACCAGAUAACCUUGCGAACUGGAGUCGCACGCGCUACCAAUUGCGCCACAGCCCCAAAUGUAUGA